UGCUCUUUGGAAGGGGCAUACAUCUCCCUGAGUGCUUGUGUGUGCAUGCAUGUGUGUGUGUGUGUUUGUGCGCAUAUGUGUGUGUGUGCAUGCACGUGUGUGUGCGCGCGCAUACAAGGCUGGGAGCUGUGCGGCAGGCACCCUGGCUUCGGGGACCCAAACUAGCCAGCUUCCCUUUCUGGGCCUGCUGGCCUAAUUCCCAGCCGCAGCUGCCAUUCUGGGCCCCCCCUCCCUGAGGCCAUCUCCCUGCAGAUUUGGCAGCGGGGAAAGGAGGGGCCGAGAGAAGGGGAGAGAACCAGAGAGAGGACUGAGUGCUAAUCUGAUGUAGAUGAUCCGGCAGCCUUCUCCAGCUUGGCUGCCCUCUGCCAUCAGCUCUCCAGGUGAUUUUCCCUGUGCCCUGCACUCUCCCCUUCUGCUUUCAUCUCCUUAAGAAAGUGCCCAGAGAGUUAAACCCACACACAAACACACACAAUCCACCCAAAAAAAAAAAAAUCAGAGAGCAGGAGCAGGCAGACGAGUAAGAGAGCACGCGCGCAAGAGAGGGCUCACAUCCGUCCUGGAGGAAGAACGGCACAGACGGAGGGAGGCUGGGGUUGGCAGAGACUGGGACAGAAGUCCCUCAGCCCCCCAGGAGCCUCCUUCAUGGACCCGGGAAUCCCAAGAGGGGCUGCCUCAACUUAGGAUGGGCAACUGUGUCAAGUCUCCACUGAGAAAUCUCUCAAGGAAGAUGUGCCAGGAGGAACAGACCAGCUACAUGGUGGUGCAGACGAGCGAGGAGGGGCUGGCGGCCGACACCGAGCUCCCAGGACCGCUCCUGAUGCUGGCCCAGAACUGCGCAGUCAUGCACAACCUGCUGGGCCCUGCCUGCAUUUUCCUGCGCAAGGGCUUCGCUGAGAACAGGCAGCCUGAUAGAUCACUGCGACCAGAGGAAAUCGAAGAGCUCCGAGAGGCCUUCAGAGAAUUCGACAAGGACAAGGAUGGCUACAUCAACUGCCGGGACCUGGGCAACUGCAUGCGCACCAUGGGCUACAUGCCCACUGAGAUGGAGCUCAUCGAACUGUCCCAGCAGAUCAACAUGAACCUGGGUGGCCACGUAGAUUUUGAUGACUUCGUGGAGCUAAUGGGGCCUAAACUCCUGGCAGAGACAGCAGAUAUGAUUGGUGUAAAGGAACUGCGAGAUGCUUUCCGAGAGUUUGACACCAAUGGUGAUGGGGAAAUAAGCACCAGUGAGUUGCGAGAGGCUAUGAGGAAGCUCCUGGGCCAUCAGGUGGGACACCGAGACAUAGAGGAAAUUAUCCGAGAUGUGGACCUCAAUGGGGAUGGACGAGUGGACUUUGAAGAGUUUGUCCGGAUGAUGUCCCGCUGAGGCCGCGGGGGCCCCUCCAGGACUGCCAAGCUCCCAAUGGCGGGGCGAAGAGGAGCCAGAGCUUGCCUCACCCGCCGUAGCCGCCGAGAGCCCAGGAUGUAUUGGCGGAUGGGGCCUGCCUGCACCCCGGGGAGGCGCCCACCCCGGACCCCCACCCCUCCGCACUGUGAAAGACUCACUCCUGCAACUGGAAAGCGGGGGCGCCCGCCGACGAGGAGGCCACCGUGCCAAGCCGGCAGAGGUCAUGCCAGGCGCCAAGGGCCAUGUGCCCAGCUGCUGCUGGCUGGGUGGGCCAGGGAGCCCGCCAGCAGAUCCCACACAGCAUGUCCGCCCCAGGGCAAAGCCUCCCACCUUCGCUCUGCGCCCCUCCCAGCUCGCCUCAGCCCUGUUAUCUCAGAACCAAUAAAAAUAUUUCCAAGAGCAA